GCAAGGAGGCCGUCGCUGCCGGAACCUGGGUUCUUGCGAGGUGGUGGAGCAGAUUUUGGGGAGCAGUGUGGCGCCGGGCACGUCGACUGCCCGCCGCCCCCCCUCGCCACACCAUGGUCCGCCUCACCACUCUUCUCUGCAAGAACUACCGCGGGGGCCACCUCACCAUCCGCCUUGCUCUCGGCGGCUGCACCAACCGGCCCUUUUACCGCAUUGUUGCUGCUCACAACAAAUGUCCCCGGGACGGGCGUUUCGUGGAGCAGUUGGGCUCCUAUGACCCGCUGCCCAAUAGCCAUGGAGAAAAGCUCGUUGCUCUCAAUCUGGACAGGAUUCGGCAUUGGAUCGGCUGUGGGGCUCACCUCUCUAAACCUAUGGAGAAACUUCUCGGUCUUUCUGGUUUUUUCCCUCUGCAUCCUAUGAUGAUUACAAAUGCUGAGAGACUGCGAAGGAAACGAGCGGGUGAAGUCCUCUUAGCUUCUCAGAAAACAGAAGCUGAGGCUCCAGAAACAGAAAUAAGCUGACUUCAGUGAACAUAGUGAUUACAAGGUCAAAGACUUCUAAAGUACUUGUGUAUAGAGCUCUUGGUUUUAUUAGGUUUAGAGGUCAAUAAAAGCCACUCAUCCUUUUCUGGCCUAAUUUGAACAAGGGCUAGGCAGAGAUUUGUUCUUGUUUGACAUAAGAGCUCUAUGUGGAUACUAAGUAGGUUUUUCUGCUUUUAUCUUGGAAAAAAAUGUAUUUGUGGACUUUUGGGUCCACAGGUAACCUUA